AUGCCGCCGGCCUUCCAGUCCUUCCUGGGUGUCUUCCGCUCGCUGCCCUCGCUGGAGAAGACGGUGGGGAAAUGCCUCAUCCUGCUCAAACCCCAGGCCAGCCGCCUGGUCGUGCAGCUCCACUGCAAGUAUGGCGUCACCAAGACCCACAACCUGGCUUUCCAGGAGUGCGAGCGGCUGCAGGCCGUCUUCGCACCCCAACGCUGCGCCAGCACCCUCUGCGCCCCGGCACGGGUGUUGGCAGAGGCUGUGGUCCACUUCCCCCAGACGCUGGCUGAGGUGACGCUGGGAGCUGGCCCCGGCGGCAAGAUCAGCCUUCGAAACUACGUGGAGGAAGAGGCGGAGCGGAGCAAGACAAUGGUGACGGAGCUGUGUCUGGCCGAGGAUGAGUUCCAGACGGUGGCCGUGGCCCCGGGCUCCCGCAUCACCUUCUGCCUCAAGGAGUUUCGGGGGCUGCUGACCUUCGCCGAGGCCUCCAACCUGCCCCUCACCAUCCACUACGACGCACCCGGCAGGCCGGUGGUCUUCACCCUGGAUGACGCCGUGCUCGAGGUCCACCUGGUGCUGGCCACCCUCUCAGACACAGAAAGCAACUCGCAGCCCCCCACAGCCAACGGCGUGUCCCACCUGCCCGCCCCAUCAGACGAAUUUGCCGAUGACCUCGAGUCCUACAUGAUUGCCAUGGAAACCAGCGCCUACGAGGAGGGCUCAGGGGUGCCCCCCAGCCCCACCUUCCCCCUGAGCACCCCACGUCCAGCCGAAAGGGACCCCGAGGAUGAGGAGGAGGAGGAGGAGGAGGAAGAAGAAGCUGUGCCGGGGACACCCCCUCACAAGAAGUUUCGCUCCCUGUUUUUCGGCUCGGUGCUGACACCGGGAGGACCCAGCCUGGCCCCCACCCAGGAGGUGCUGGCAGAGGACAGCGAUGGCGACUACUAA